AGGAUUUCCGCCGCUGACUGCCAACCAAAGGUCUUAUAGCAGAGUUCCGCUGUAGGAUCUUUGCUGCCGACUAUACCUAGCCCACAGCCAACAAUGGACCGUUUCCUCGAUCAUCGUUACUUUUUUGCAUGAUUUACAUUCACGGUGUUCUCUCUAUUUCGCUGUAUUUUUCUCUCGUUUUGCCCGCCUCCUCGUCUGUAGAAGGGUCUCGACCCGAAACGUCGCCUAUUCCGCCUCUCCAGAGAUGCUGCCUGUCCCGCCGAGUUAAUCCAGUAUGUUGUGUCUAUAUUCGGUGUAAACCAGCAUUUGCAGUUCCAUUCCUGUACUCACACCGUCGCUUCCUUGGCGCCGCCAACAAUGGCGCUCGGGAGCAACAAGCUCGAGCGCCAACGGCCGGGGCGCGCGGUCAGGCAGUGCACCCGCGCGAGGCCAACGACAUAACUGACGGUCAGGAGAGGGGCGGGUUAUCAUGGGGAAGGUUAGCUGGGGUGGCGUAGUAAAGGUAGUACGUGUAUAAUUUACCGGCGUAUAUUUACAGGUUGCUGUUUCCCAUUGGAUAUAGAAGUAUGAAGAUACUCAAAUAUGGAUAAGGAACAGAUUAAGACAAGUUUUCCCGAAAUCACUAAUGUAACUACUAUUCCUACCAGGUCUAAAGCAGUAAUUAGGCCCCAAACCCAUUCUGCAGUAGUAGCACUAAGGAGGGAAAUUUCUUUAUGGAACGGUAUAUCUCUUAUAGUUGGAGCCAUAAUUGGAUCAGGGAUUUUUGUUUCUCCAGGUGGGGUCCUGGAGCAAAAUGGCUCCUAUGGUCUAUCGCUGCUUACUUGGACUGUUGGGGGUAUUUUUUCAAUGCUUGGAGGCUUGUGCUAUGCUGAAUUGGGUACAACUAUUACAAAAUCUGGUGCAAGCUAUGCAUACAUUUUGGAAGCAUUUGGCAGUUUUGUUGCUUUUCUUAAACUCUGGGCGUCAAUACUUAUUAUUCAGCCCACUGCACAAGCUGUUGUUGCCAUCACUUUUGGCAACUACCUGGUGCAGCCGAUCUUUGUAAACUGCCGUACACCAUAUAUAGCAGAACGACUACUCGCAGCUAUUUGCAUCAGUAUGCUUACUUUUAUAAACUGUUCCAGUGUAAAAUGGGGAACAAGAGUUCAAGAUGUGUUUACGAUUGCCAAAGUUAUCGGCCUCAUCAUCAUUAUUGUUACAGGGCUGGUUAAACUGGGCCAAGGUGAAACUGAUUUUAGUUCCUCAUUCAGUGGUUCAGUGUGGGAUGCUGAUAAGAUCAUCUUGUCCUUUUAUUUUGUACUAUUCUCUUAUUCCGGUUGGGACACCCUUAACUAUGUAACAGAAGAAGUUACAAAUCCUGAAAGGAAUCUUCCACUUGCGAUUUUAAUUUCAUUGCCAGUGGUGAUUAUCUUAUAUAUUCUAACAAUUGUAAGUUAUUACAUAGUGUUAGAACCAAAUACCAUCCUCACCUCUGAUGCUGUGGCAGUGACAUUUGCAGAAGACACACUAGGAAUAAUGAAAUGGAUUGUCCCAAUGUCAGUGUCUCUAUCUUGUUAUAGCAGCCUCAAUGCAUCUAUUAUACUAGCUUCAAGGUUGUACUUUACUGCAGCCCGUGAAGGACAUCUCCCUCAAAUAAUGUCAAUGAUCCAUGUGACACGAUUGACACCAGUACCAGCACUAAUAGUAAAUGGAAUUUUAUCAAUUAUCUACCUAAGUGUACGGGAUGUCUAUAGACUAAUUUACUACUUCAGCUUCAGUUAUUGGUUCUUUAUUGGAUUGGCUGUUAGUGGCCAAAUUUACCUGCGCUGGAAGCAGCCAAAUCGACCCAGGCCUCUGAAGAUCAGCAUGUUUUAUCCAACCCUCUUCUGCGUAUGCAUUUUGGGUUUGAUAGCAGUGCCUGCAUACACCGACACUAUUAAUUCCCUAAUUGGGAUUGGAAUUGGAUUGACAGGAAUCCCAGUCUAUUACUUAUCAAGAUUGGUGUCAAGAGUAUCAUAUCCUGUUUGGGUACAGAGGAUUUCAGGUAAACUUACUAGGUCCUUGCAGCUGCUCUUCUUUUGUACACUGAUGGAUAAAGAUUUUGAAGAGCAUCAUGCGAGAGUUGUUCGCAAACAGAAGAAAUGAAGACCAAUGCUUCCUUCUUUUAAAUACACCUACAAUAGAUGAGGCUCAACGUUAAAGUGAAUGAGUUGAUCACUUAUCAUACUUGUGAAUUUAAACUUUGUCACAUGUUUUACAUGGUGGGUCACAUGGCUAGAAAUUAAUCCUUCACUUUAAGUUUAUUUUAAUUUCUGUAAUCAGUUAAUUUAGCAUUCUAAAAACAAGAAAUCGAAAUUUCAUUAAACCAAAUGUUAAAGUCUGGAAGGCUUCCCUAUUGCAGGGUUAAUGAGAAGGCAGGGAGGAUUGUAAUAAUAGCAAAGUAUUUACUUUUAUUCUACUUGUAGGCCGCAUUGGCUCAUCCUAUCGCUAAUGAAGAAGUGAGUUGUCACUAUGUAGGCGGGAAUGGAACGUAGCGUUCUGUUUCAUUGCUGAUGCUGCAUUUACAGAGUAAAGUAACAAUGUUAUAUGUGAGGCAAUACUGCCUGCAUACGUGCUGGGGCAAGACUGUCACAACAACAAAGUGCUGAAAUAUUUCUAUUUGCCCUUGCAGUCCAAAGGAUUGAUUUGCCACUUGCUAAUCCAGAUGGAUCUUUCCUGGUGAUUGGUAAAAAUACAGCACUUAAAAAAUAAGUCCUUAAUGUGAGAAAUUAAAAAAAAAAUUCUUGUCUUUAAUAAAAUGGUGCUUUAUAAUAAACACAUCAUAAAAUUGGGUUGCCCUUUUAGAUGAAUUGAAUAUGCAUAUUUUAUGUACGGUAAUCUAAUUAGUGUUGGUAGUACAAGCACUCAUUAACAUUUUUUUUAAUCGGUUCCGGAAAAAAAUAUUGGUAAACGUCAGUUACAUAGUUGAGUAUUUUUAGUCUAUUUGCCGUUGUAAAAAUAGUCCACUCAUCCUUGUAGACUAUUUAAUGAUUGUAUGACACAGAAUCUCAAAUUUACUUACCAAACAUGUAAUUCUCCAGUCUGAUUCUUAGUAAAAGAGAGAAUGUACUUUUAUUGGGUUGAAUCAAUUUUUCAGUAAGAAAUUAGAAAUACUUUCCACUGUACAUCAAUUUUAAUACUUUGUGUAUUUAUGUCUGAAAAUUCAUUUUCUUCUGCAACAAAAGUGAAAAUAAAUUCUAAAUUUAUUGCUUUGGUACUCUAGUAAGUACUGAUUUAAACUGUACGGACGCUUCAAAUGCCUCAAGAUUGUUAAAUUGCAUGAUAAGUACUUUCCAAGAUAAUGCUCAUCCCAAAUCUAAAUAUCGAAGAGGAAUCGCCAGAGUAGAUAAUGAGAAAAUGUUUCCUGCAUUCUAUUAGAAUUGUGGAAAAUUCACAUUCAGGUGGAAUUCCAGACCCUUAACACCCUGUGCAUAAAAAACAUUUGUCAUUCCCUCCUCUAACCCUCCUGC